UUGACUCUACCCCCCAUUGCCUGAGCGUGUUUUCACGCCCCGUGUCCGUCCCAGCUUAACUUUUCCCUCACUUUGUCCAAACGAGGGUGCCCUUAGAAUCCCUCAAGGUGCAGCUGUGUGAGAGUGCAUACUAGCCAGCCGCCUGUCUGUCGGUUUCGUAGCUUUCGUGCACUUCGCUCGCACUUUCCUCCGCCUUUUCCGGUUGGGCUCCCGUUUUGCUUCCCAUAUCCACAGUAGCCUCUGUUACUUUCUCGGAAUUCGUGUGAUCGUCCACUUCCUUUUUCAGGCUGCUGGUCGCAGGCGGAACAUGUCGCCUCACUCUCUCUGUCGCUUCUCCGUCAGGCCUGAGACCUGCUGUAGAUUUCCGGGAUGCCGUGUCUCCUCCUUUUUUCGGAAAACGGCGAGUUCGCCAGCGCCGCAUAGACUGGAGAGAGGCUGCUCGUCCCCUUCCUUCGCUUCAAGAAGGCAGACUGCCUCAGUCAGUGCAGCCGCUGGGAGAGAGGCGCUGAAAUGUUGGCCGUCUCCUCCGGACCUUCCCCUGGACUCUGAGGAGUUAAAUGUAAACGAAAGUAGUGGCGACAGUCUUGGUUCGCAGCCUUGCUUUCGAGCAUACGUGGUGCCCACCUCUGGAAAUCGAAAAACGGGAAAUCGGGACACCAGAGAUGGAGGGAAUUCUCGCAUCGCCGGGCAGCCAUCUCCAGCGCCUUGCUGUCUCCCUUUGACUCCGGUUCCGCGCGCGCACUCGUCGCGGUCUCCUCUCGCAUGCAAGAAUGCCGAAGAAGACUUGUGUCCCUCGGCGCGUGCAGGGGGGUCUCUGCGUUCUGGCCUCGGUGACUCUCCGCUUUUCGAGCCUCAACGCUUGGCUGUCGUGGCUCCUCGUUUUUUUCCGUUCGUCAGGGUCUUUUCAUCCUCGGCUGUGUCUCGCCUGCAGUGCAGAUGCUUCUCGACUCCCUUGUCUAGCAGGGGCGCGCGGGAGAACGGUGGGGGACAGAUGGAAACGGCAAAGGUUUCCUCGAGGAAUCCUGGGUCUGGAGUCCAAACACACGACGGGAAUGCCUUGGAUCUGCAGCGAGUCUUUGAGGCCAUGUACCUUCUGCCAGACGAUGACGCUUGCCACGCGAGUGUGAAGAAGCAAGCAAAAAGGAGGCACGGACGCAGAAGCUCAGACCCUGUCGCCCCGUCUGAACGAAGCCAAACCAGUGGAGCUUCGACGAGUCCGAGCUCUGGUUACGCACCAGAUGUCUUUUCAGAUUCUUCUACUCCCCCUUUUCUUUCAUCAAGAGGAUCUCGCAGAUCCUCUGCCUCGUCGUCGCCUUCUGCAGAGACUGGCAGCUUGUCAUCCGCCCCUCCAGGUCUCUCCCCUUCAACGCCGCCUCAGCCAGGAAUGCGAGAAGCACUCGCCACAACCUCGCUGCCACGCAGCUUCCAAGUCUGUUCAGGUACACAGGAGCCUUCCUCUCCUCACGACGAAACUGUCUCUUCUCCCCAUUCGUUUCCUGCAUUGCCCUCCCCUCUGUUUCCCUGUCUCGCCUCCUGUCCUGCCUCUCCCUCUUCUCCAGGUGAACUGCCUUUCCGUCGAACAAGUCAAACUUCACCAUCAACGUCUCCCCGUGUCUACCCUCCCCCUUCUUCGUCUUCUCCCCCUUCUUGGUCUUCCUCUCCUUCUUCUCCUUCGUGUUCGGUGUCGCUUUCGUCUGAAGACCCCGGCGGCGUGGAAGACGAUUUGGAUAACAGCGAUCCGAUUGCGUGGUUCUUGACUUCUGCGUCUCCUGCGCUGGCGAGUGCGUCGGUUCCGUCGAAGCCUACGCCGCCGCGUUUGUCUCGUCGGCGGACUUUGGCACGGGCGGCUUCGGCUCUGCCGCGGGACCGAAACAGUUGGAUGUCUCAGCCGGAGGUGUUGAUCAAGAUGCUGUUCAAGGCGUCUCAGAACAACGUUCGAGAUGCGAACCUCUGGAAAGUCUUUGUGCAGCGCGUGUCACUGACGGCUGUCCACAUGAAUGCCCACCAGUUGGCGCUCACGCUCUACGCUUUUGCCCGCGUGCGGUACUUCGAUGCCCGCCUGCUCCACACACUCGCGCCCUUCAUCUUGAAGUUGCUCGACGACUUCUCCCCGCAGGGCCUCAGUCUGGUCCUCAACGCCUUCAAGAAGCUCCACGUCCACAAGUACGACACCAUCGAGUUGAUCGCGAACCAGGUCUGUUUGGAAAUCCACCGCUGCAGCGCCCAAGACCUCGCGCUCGCAGCCAACAGCUUGGCCUUCUUCUACGUCUACCACGCGAAAUUUUGGAAACUCCUUCUCAAACACCUCCCCAGAGUCGGCCCUCAACUGACGCCUCAGCACGCCGCCAUGCUCGUCGCCGCCUUUGCGCGCAUCGAUCUCAGGGACGGAUCGGCGCUCUUGUUGCUCUCCCGGAUACUGAAGAAACACUCUUUGUCUCUGGACCAGGCGCGGCUGUCUGUGGCUGUCAGCGCGUUCAGCAAACUCGACUUCACCCAUCCGAAGUUGACCAUUUCGUUCCACAAAGCAGUUCACCACCUUUUUGCUGAAGAUCCAGACCCCUUCGACGCCCAGGCCCUCUGCCUCCUUCUCCACUCGAUUGUGUGUCUCACUGGCGGCUCUGAGCACCUGAUUCGACGCCUUCUCGUCGCGCUUGUCCGAAAGUCGCCUUCCCUCGCCGUUCACCAGAUGCGGAAGCUCCGCCACACGGCAAUUGUCUUUCAGGCACACCACCCCGAUCUCUACGAGCAACUGGACGACGACGUCCGCCGGUUUCUAACGAAUGUUCGAGACGCCACUCCCAAGGAGCUGGGAGAUCACGGCUCCCGCUGGGCCGUGGAGGUCGCCUGCAUGCUGCAGGAAAUGGGGAUAUUGUUUCAGCGGCGUUUGUACGCAAAUGGGUGCCGCAUCGAUAUUUUGCUUCCGGAGAAAAAGACCGUUAUAAUGUGCGCAGGUCCCCAUCACUUCUACCUCGAUUCCACCAGAAGAACGGCGUACUCUAGGCUUCAGCAACGCCUUUUGGAGCUUCAGGGCUACUCCGUCUGCGUGCUCCCCUACUACGAGUGGUCCGAGUUGCAGAACCCUGAGGAGAAGCAGCGAUUCUUGUGGACUUUCGGACGUCGCGCGGCAGCCGAAAUUCAGGCGACCCACGCCAGUGACGACUAUGCCGAUGAGGAGACUUCAGAGCGGGUAGCCUACGCGAACACCUUUUCAGAGGACCCUGUUGAGCUGGCCUUGACUGUGGAAGAGGCGUUCGACGAGGACAUGGACUCUGGCAGCGACAGCGACCUGCGACUAGGCCCGUUGGACGGUCUACAGGCAACCCUUUCGCCGCACACAAAUUGACCAAAAGCUCGUGACGCCCAACGCCAUGUAUGGCAUGUUUCUUCAAGACGAUAGGAGUGCAUGCUUUAUCAGCGACUGAUGCUUCAUUAUCGUGGCAUGAAAACGUUCCGCAUUCACCAGGCGGCGAGAGUAGUCGGAUGUAGUGACCGUUGUUUCGAAAACUGGCUGUGGAAUAUGGGCACGUUAGUGAGGUGGUUGCCCCACCAGAGGUCGCGUUGGGGGCUGAAGUGUUUCACUGUUCUUUGCCUGCUGAUACGCUGUCGGCUCAACUCCAUUUCAAGGUUCUUCUGUGAGGGACAAGGAAACGGAAAGGUCAUGUUUCCAUCCGCGACAGAAACAUGUAUUGGAGUUAUGUUGCUUGAGAAAGGAUGCUUCUUAAUGGCUGUAGCAGCCAACAAACUCCGAAAUCUGGUUUUGUAGUGCGCAACAAGAGGUCUAGCUUCAGUUGAUAUCUCAUUGGUAUUGCACGGGAACACCCUCAGGGCCAGUCGUGGAGGAGCACACCCACUUUGUAGGGAGAAGCAAAGUGCAAAGGAUGUGUAUUGCUGUUGAGGAAAAAAACGCACUUUCGACUGAAGCAAGCGGAGCCAGGAACCUGUCUUUCGGUCUUGUGUAACUAGAACGGCAGGAGUUGAGCUGAGACAGAACCACAGACAAAAUCAUUCCAGUGGACAAAGCCGGCGGCACCGUAAAAAGCGACUCCUCGCACGACGAAAAAUAAUCUGUUGGGUGAAAAAGAGCACCGCUUGCUAAUUGACCAGCGAAGACAAGUGCACACCGAGAUGCACCUGUGUAAAGUACAAAAGGGAACCGGCGCGUGUAUGUAGCCACAACACCCGCGUACAACCAAGAGUAUGGUGACCAAUAUGAGACGAGAUCCAUUUGUAUGUAUCCAUGUAACCAGCCCUGACCCACUGGCAAUCGAUUCACACUACCCCAGACUACUUGUUUCUACACACGCGUCAUUCAAAAGACGGGUAUUCCCAUGGAACCUGACAACCCUGAAGAACUACACAAAUGCUGAUAUGGCAUCUGUACAAAAAGCAGUCCUUCUGACGAGCCUUUCUCGGCACGCGGAUACUUGCCGGGAGGCAGCGCACUUCUCUCUGGAUUUCCCAACCGUGCCAAAUUUCAUGCUGUCUGCCACCUGGUACUAAGUACCUUCGCUGACGGAUGACAUCACAAGUUACAUUCAGAUCAAACUGAAAAUGUAUCAUCUUCAUGCACGCGUCAUCUGCCAUGAUUCCCGUUGUCCAUCGCGAGAGACUGCGCCCCUCGAUCUUCAAGCAAAUCGGGAUCCAAAUUCUGCUCAGCGCAAAUUGCCGACUUCAUGCCAUUUCGCCUUCUACGCCCGGCAGUUCGCUUGGCUCGCUCUCUCAGUGUACGUCAACCUGCUCUUCACACAUCACUUCACACGAUACUGAACUAUUCUCUCUUCGCCGGUGAUAACGUGUGGGCGGGGGAGAUAGGGUUCCUGAGGGAUAAACGGACACCUUCACGCACGCGGGAUCGAAAAGGACAUUUGUUUUCCAACAAAGCAACCAGACAAUCAAGGCUGCCACGGCGCCACCAGCUGUGCUGACGACUAAAAACGACACCCACGCCUGAAUGGGGUGAGCAGGAAAGUCGAAGAUACUGUAGACGUAGCCAACUUUAUCGCCGACUGUGACGGGCACCGUAUAGACGAUGACGCUCACGAUGCAGUACGCGAUACUCAACAGGGAGGCCACCCAGAAAUGGUACACGAGGAAGGGGACGUGUCCAGUGUAAGUGAUUAGGAACGCGGAAACAAGACAAAUGGUGUGUUCGAGAAUGCUGCUGGCACUUCGGAAAAACUGCCCGAAGGGCACAAGGAUACACCAGAAAAUCACCACGCACAUGAGUGCCGCAACAGAGGCCAUCAUCCAAACCCCAAAAAGGACGAAGACAAGACACUGCUCUGAACCGGAUGGCGACGUGUUCGCUUCCCCUUGGCUUCUCAUUGUGCGUGAAGUGGCUCGACCGCCCUCUGGUUGAACACCCGACGCACGCACUUGAUCUCUGUCACAUUCCACUUGGUGUCUAGGUCCGUACUCCGGUCCGGGUUCUCUGUCUUCUGUGCCUGCCAGGCACUUCCAUUCUUCAUUGUGUGUACAUGGUUUUUCCCCUUCCUGGAACAGAUCCACCUGACACGGUGAAUCCGUUGCGUGCGUCUGCCCCCAUGUCGUGCGGCAGUCCGAGGAACACCCGGCGUAUGUACACCUCUCAGAUGCAGGCAAAUUUCUCGAAGCACCGUGACCCAGGGCACUCUGUACAAACACACCUUCCACUGCAGAAUCUGGCUGCGUGACUGUUGUCUGGCAUGACGUGGCUCGGAGAGGUAAAAAAACAGAUGCCCCGUUUCUGUCAAGUACCCCAUCACGGCAUGGGCCUGAAUCAUUCUGUAGAGACGCAUACGCUUGUCGGGUGCGGCGCCUUAGAGCGAAGACUUGUACCAACCAGUUAGGUUUCCUGGUUUCCUGCACCACAAUACCCUGGCUCUGAUGCGAAUCUCGAAAAUCCUUCGUAUCACCUGCUUCGAUGACGCUACAGCCGACAGAUUGUACUGGCGCCGUUCCCCCAAAUACCUCCUGCGCUCGUCUGUCUCGCGUACUGUUUAGAAUCGACGGAAGAGCCACGAUGCUACAUCCUGUCGCAACUACAGCGUGUAACGUAGCCAGGAAGUUUGUCCAAAACGUGAAAUAGACAUACGGUACAUCGGACCCGAUAUUGGUCCAGACCAAAAUGGCCAGCAAAAAAAGCGCGAAGAAAACGCGGAGUAAAAGCAGUGUGAACGGAUCGAAGAAGUCGAAACGGCUGCAUGCAAACACCUGCCUCCACUCCCGCCCGUGCAGGGUGAAAUCGAAGCCCUUCGUACAGAUAUGUCGGCAUUCAUAAAAGAAUUGGUCGCACAUGCUCACCGCCACACUCCGUGUCGCUGCUUUCCCAUCCGCGCUCGGAUCUCUGAGCGACCGAGAUUCUUCUCUAGACUGGUCGUCUGCGGUUGUACGUACAGCGAACCAAACAUGAGCCAACGGAGCAGUACGAAGACUAGACAGACACUCAGGUACAAUUCUAGACACGUUGUUCUCGACUCUGUCCAUCGAAUCUUGGCAACCGCCCCUGAGACAGUCAGACGCAUGGGAAGAGUUCGCGACCAGUUGUCCUGAGGAAGUGCACUGGCCUGAACAAACAAGGUUUGUUGCACCUUCUUUCUUGCCAUCUCUACUCAAUGAAGAGGCAGGUCCGCUUUUCUCGACAUGACAACGAGACACACCUCCGGACGAGGAUAUUGCCACAAAAAUUGAAUUCUGGUAGCCGUGUUGCUCCCUUGGUAGCGUUGUGGUGAGUUCUGCCCCUUCUUUCUCGCCUCCAUGGCUUGCAGAAGGAACCUUCCCUUUCUCAACAGACGCAGACAUCGCUACCCUGUAAAAAGAAUGUAUGUUUCUGUUCAGGCGCCUGUCAUUCGUUGAAAGAUUUAAAAAUAGUAUUUCACAAUGAUGACAAACAGUUCGGGAGAGAGCAGAGCACGUCUCGCGAAGUGAAUCGAAAUAUAGAAAAUCUCGCACUGGUCGACUUCCGUGGCUCCUAUCCAAGCAUAAGCGAAGCGCUUUCAACCAGAUUUUAAUGGUAGAAUUCGAGACGAACCGAUGAACUUGAGCACCGGCACACACGCGGAAAAACUGUUUUCGCCAGAGUAUCAGUCAGAAAGUCCCUGUAAACCGGAAAGGUAUAAUCCUGAAAACCGUGAAGGCUCGGAAAGACGAUCCCUGGAGGCUCGCAAAAGACGGCCACGAAUAACUAGUGUGCGUAACGGGUUUCUCCUCGGUAAAAAUUCCUGAAGAAGCAGAUGGUACUUCCAGCGAAAUGUCAAGACGAAAAAUUCAGUUAUCUGCUGGUAACGACCUAAGCGUUACGGAACCAUCCCAGGCGCCAUGGUACCGGUGGUUCACCCGGCAUACCCCUCAUAAAGACAAACCCUCUGGCCACACAUAUGCAUAUACAUGUAUAGAUAGAUCUGUGGUUAUUCAAUACAUGCUUGCAAAUACUUGCGGAUGUACAGGUAGGUGAUAAUGGCGACAUUGAUGGUACCUUCAAGCACAUUGGAAGACUAGACAAAUGAAGUGCAAAUUCGGGACUUCGCUAACUACUAGAGUGAACAGAGCACCUAAUCUCACGGUUCACAAUAUACUCACGCCGAAACGCCUCUUGCGCCAGCGUUGCGUUGCUUGCGGGUCGCCAUCCUACGAAGAAAACACUUGCUAAGUGAGGAAAAACGGCAGCAAGACGGAAGUGCACAGUGCAAAUCCGGCUGUCGAACUUUUUCGUCUGUUGGAACUCCAAAGGUCCGGCGUGUCUCAAACCUAGUUUACAUACAGGGACGGUCCACACUUCCGCUUCACCUCGAUUUCCAGCAGAACGUAGCGAAGCCACCAAAAAAGUUUACACAGAGCGACUUGUAGACGAGCGAGCUUCAAAGAGACACACCCGACACAGCAUGCAUUCUUGGUUUCGCGUCAAAAGUCAACCUGUCCUCAGGCGUGAUGUUCACAACCUUUAAUACUGAAACUGCUAGAGUGAUCACAUUUAAAAAAUUUGCACCGGAAUUCUACGGACGCCGUAUUCUAGACCAAAAGGAUUACACAGUCGCGUAUUUCAUAUACAGUUCACGUGCGCCGAAUAUCAGCCCUGCCUCGAAGGCGGGUCACUGCCAAGACAGAACGGCAACACGGAGUCAGGAGAUCUGGACUGAAUUUCCAGUAGCAGUACCAAAAAAAGACUCCCGGAAGAUAUAGGUAGAGAAAACUCCAAUGAGCAGUCACCUAAAGGCGAACAAAACUUCGCGAUACGCGUCGUCGGCAC